ACUUCCGCCACCUCUAGCGCGGUGGCCCUUGCGUAGAUGAGGUGGGGGUGGGAGGAGUCACGCUGGACGCUAUUGUUUCUCUUCCGGUGCUGUGUGCUCUACUCGGGAAGGCAUUGGGACCGCUGCGUCCGGUAGUGACGGGCCCUUCCUGCAGACCAGCCCUUCCAGUUUCUAGUCUGGUAACAUUGGACGGCUACGGUGGCCGAGGAGGUUUGAGCGCGCCGGAAGUGUCCCUGCGCGCGCCGGGCUAGGCUGGAGACGCACGUGGCGCGGCCGGAGAGAGCAUGUCUUUCCGAGGCGGAGGUCGCGGAGGCUUUAAUCGCGGUGGUGGAGGCGGAGGCUUCAACCGUGGCGGCGGCAGCAACAACCACUUCCGAGGGGGCGGCGGAGGCGGCGGCGGUGGCGGCAAUUUCAGGGGCGGAAGCGGCGGCGGCGGCAGUUUCAGGGGCGGCGGCCGAGGAGGAUUUGGACGAGGGGGCGGUCGUGGAGGCUUUAAUAAAUUUCAAGAUCAAGGGCCUCCAGAACGUGUCGUCUUGUUAGGAGAGUUUAUGCAUCCCUGUGAAGAUGACAUCGUGUGUAAAUGUACCACCGAGGAGAACAAGGUGCCGUACUUCAACGCUCCUGUUUACUUAGAAAACAAAGAACAAGUCGGGAAAGUGGAUGAGAUAUUUGGACAGCUUAGAGAUUUUUAUUUUUCAGUUAAAUUGUCAGAAAACAUGAAGGCAUCCUCCUUUAAAAAGCUACAGAAGUUCUAUAUAGACCCGUACAAGCUGCUGCCGCUGCAGAGGUUUCUGCCUCGUCCUCCUGGUGAGAAAGGACCUCCCAGAGGUGGCGGUGGUGGCGGCAGGGGAGGUCGAGGAGGAGGAAGAGGAGGCGGUGGCCGAGGUGGUGGAAGAGGUGGUGGUUUUAGAGGAGGAAGAGGAGGAGGUGGGGGCUUCAGAGGAGGAAGAGGAGGUGGCGGAUUCCGAGGAAGGGGACAUUAGCUGUCCAGUUGGCAGACCUGACCACUUGUGUUCCCGCUGCGUGGCCUGCUUCUGCUAUGGUUGACGUCUGUGUCUGGAGCAGUCUUGAGGAGGCCAUUCCGUCAGUGGAGCUGAGUCAGCAGCAUCGCGUAGAAACAGGGGAGUAGGGCAGUCAGCUCUGCUCAGAGAGGAGAACUCCGCUUUGUACAGAACCUGGCACUCUGUGGGUGCUUAGAGAAAACAGGACUUUUCAUUUGAAGCAUAUUUGGAUUUUUUAAAUAAAAUUUUUUAUUUCCUUAACUUA